AUGCUGGCUCCAAAGAAAGGCCUGCUAUGCAACCUCAACCACAUCCAUCUGCAGCACAUCUCUCUGGGGCUGCACCUCUCGCGGCACCCGGAGCUCCAGGAGACCCCUGGCUCCAUGGGUGCAGGAGACCAGACCAGCUGCAGUGAUUGCUCAGAGAACUAUGAGCAAGUGGAUGCUAAUUCCAACAAUCCCUCCUUGAAAUGCCAUUGCUGUGAGUCCCAUACUCAGCAGCUGGUGAUGUUGGGCCUCCAGAGCCAGGCACCUCAAGAUGAUUUCCCCUGCCUGCACGCUGGGGAGGAGGUGGCUUCCCCUUGUGAUCCCCCUUGUGAUCUGGCCUCCUCCUCCUCCUCCUCUGUCAGUAGCUGCUCAGAUUUCAGCUUGGAUGACUCCCCUGUCUCAGUGUACUGCAAGAGCUUUGCCAGAGAAGAGUCCCAAUCCCCUCAAAAUCAGCCCAGUGUCAUUGCCAUAGAAGAUGCCCAGGAUGGUCAGUUGCUGGCUGACCAGGGUAGAACGUGUGACGGAAGAGAUGCCAACUUCAACCCCCCGGUGCUCCAGAGACCAGAUGUCCUGGCUGGAGGGAGCCCGGACAGCCUCUGCAGCAGCAGCCUACUUGAUUCCCAGUGUGAUGAGACCUCUCCCAGCGUGGCAGUGGAAGGAACCACCAGCAUCUGCACUGACCUAGACCCUAACUGCAACCCCCUCCCUGAGCCUGAUGCUGCACCUCUGGCGCUGCCUGCGCCGGGACAGCGGGAUCCUUCUCUGAGCAGAGCUCCUGAGCUGCAGCCCCAGGCUGGCAGUGGCCCCCCACCUGUGCCCCCUCGGCCCCGGAGACGGCUGCAGGUUCUGAACAAGCACAAGGCAGCACAGCCACUGCUGCCCACACGGCCGAUGGAAGCGGAGCCUGCCUUGGGUGACCUCUGUAGGGAGGUGGGCAAGAAGACCAUCACGUCCUUCCAUGAGCUUGCCCAGAAGAGGAAGAGGAAUGCUGCUGGGCCUGCUCUUGCCCAGGCCAGGGCUGACCGGAGUGACUGGCUGAUCGUAUUCUCGCCUGACACGGAGCUGCCACCCCCCAGCGAACCUUCCAGCUCCAGGCAGAGAGAGGUGACAACAUUCAAAGAGCUGCGAUACCGCAGUGGCUCCAGCAAGCCCAGGUGCCAGCCAGUGGGCAAGCGGGCAGAGCUGGUGGCAUCUCAGUACCCCUCUGCAUCCCUUGAGGUGCCCAUGGGCUGCAGCAGCUCCAGUAGCAGCGCCAGCUGGUCUCCACCCGUGCCUCUGCGCGGGCGGUUUCUGGCACCCAUGGGCAGCCAGGAGCUGCACAGCAGGAGGUCCCGGCCAGGACUGCUGCCCGUUGCCGAGGGGCAGCCGGGGGGCGCAGAGGAAGAGGGGCUGUCGCCUCGGGGCUGCCUUCCAGGAGAGACAGCGCUGGGCAUUGGCUGUGGUCAAGACCCAUGCAUGGGGAAGCUCGAGGGGCCUGACGGGGCCCCCUGGAUGCCAGGGACAGUCAGGAGAGGAGACAAGUCCCACGAGGAGG